UAUAAUUUCACAGCGACGUAGAACUGACUAUUGAACUCCGAGGGUGAAAAGUAAACAUAAAAAGCAGAAGAACGGAAACUCCUCCGCUUUUAACCUCAGCCCGACGCGUUAAGGAACACCUGUCGUCCCGGCUUCCUUUGCGUGUCCAAUAUGGAAGAACUGGCGGUGGAGGUCCGUGGCUCCAACGGCGCUUAUUACAAGGGUUUUGUCAAAGAUAUCCACGAUGACUCUCUCACCAUUGCCUUUGAGAACAACUGGCAGCCAGAACGCCAGGUGCCCUUCAGCGACGUCAGGUUGCCUCCACCUGCGGAUGCCAAGAAGGAGAUCGGAGAAGGAGAAGAGGUGGAGAUUCUCUCCAGAGCCAACGAACAGGAGCCUUGUGGCUGGUGGCUGGCCAAAGUCCGCAUGAUGAAGGGAGAUUUCUAUGUGAUCGAGUACGCCGCUUGUGACGCCACCUACAACGAGAUCGUAACGUUCGAGCGUUUGCGGCCGGUCAACCCUAACAAGGCCGUUACCAAGAACUCCUUCCACAAGUGCACUGUCUCCGUUCCUCAGGAUCUACAGGAAGCGUGCCAGAGCGAAAACGCACACAAGGAUUUCAAGAAAGCAGUGGGAGCCUGUCGAGUCUCGUUCUGCCCAGAGAGCAGCGAGCUGCUGAUCGUGUCCACCAAUGAGUCGACAGUGAAGCGCGUGUCUCUGCUGAGCGACAUGCACCUGCGCAGCCUGAGAACCAAGCUGCUGCUGAUGUCACGCAACCAGGAGGCCACAAAGCACCUGGAGACCUCCAGGCAGCUGGUGUCGUCCUUCCAGCAGGAGUUCACCGUGAGGACGGACCUGAUGGGCCUGGCCAUCGGCAGCCACGGCAGCAACAUCCAGCAAGCCAGGAAGCUCCCAGGGGUCACCGCCAUCGAGUUGGACGAAGAGACCGGGACCUUCAGGAUUUAUGGAGAGACGGAGGAAGCUGUAAAGAAGGCCAGAAGCUUCCUGGAGUUUGUGGAGGAUUCAGUCCAGGUGCCAAGGAAUCUUGUUGGCAAAGUGAUUGGUAAGAAUGGGAAGGUGAUCCAGGAGAUGGUGGAUAAGUCUGGUGUGGUCCGGGUCCGAAUAGAAGGAGACAACGACAACAAGCAACCCAGACAGGAAUUGACACAGGGAAUGGUCCCCUUUACGUUUGUCGGUACUAAGGAGAGUAUCGGCAACGUUCAGGUCCUGUUGGAGUAUCACAUCUCCUACCUGAAUGAGGUUGAGCAGCUUCGUCUGGAGCGGAUGCAGAUCGAUGAGCAGUUGCGUCAGAUCACCCAAGGUCACCGGCCGGUCGAUCGGGAGCGGGGCGAGCGAGGAGAGAGAGGCGGCGGGGGCUAUAAUGCAGACAACGGCGCCAACGCGUCGUCGGCCUCGCUGCGCGGCAGCCGCUCCUACAACAGCAGGGGGCGCGGCCGGAGAGGCCACAGCUACAACACUGGAUACGGCGCCAAUUCGGAGCAUUCAAAUCCCUCUGAGACGGAUUCAGAGCGUAAAGACGAGCUCAGUGAUUGGUCGCUGGCAGGAGAGGACCUGGACGGGGAGAGAGAGCGAGGCCCUCGCCCACAGAGAGACGGCCGCCGGAGGCCUGGACCCGGCCGGGGCCGAGGAAGAGGCAGAGGAAGAGGAGCAUAUGGAUACAACUCUGGCUCCAGGGAUCACGAGAACAAUCCCCCCUACGGAAGCCUGGAGGCGAACACGGAGACGGACCAGACGGCCGACACGGACGCCAGCGAGUCCAACCUGCCCGCCAACCGCCGCCGUCGCUCCCGGCGACGCAGGACGGACGAGGACGCCACCCUGAUAGAUGGCAUGAGCGAGUCCGACAACGCCUCCGUCAGCGAAAAUGGAAUAGAUUUGUCCGAAGCAAAACCUCAGCGUCGCAAUCGCAGCCGCCGCCGCCGCAUGCGCCUGCCUGAGGAGAGGCAGCCAGUGACUGUGGCCGACUACAUAUCCAGGGCUGAAUCUCAGAGCAGACAGAUGACCGCCAAGGAUACCAAGAAAAACAAGGAAGUGGGUCAGGCGGAGGUCAUUGCUGAGCACAGCCCACAGUCGGCUCCGGCAACCACCAACGGCUCCAACGACGACGUGUCCGACGUCACCGCCCCGAACGUCUCCGCCUACAACAGGGACUCGAACCCACAACCCGUCAUGAACGGACUCUCCUAGUUAGACCCCAGCAAAGGAAAUGGUUUCAAAUAUUGACGACACUUGAUUGGAUCUUCAUGUCGGCAUAGAGGCGUCAAAUGUUAACAUCUAAACACAACAAGCACUGUUUUGUUUUUUUUUUUGUUUGUUUUUUUUUACUUAAUAUUUGAAACCCGUUCUGCAGCAAACCUUUUAGCGCUCUGAACCCUGACCUUUACAUGUUUGUGUCUGCUUCUGUUCACUUUUCAAUACUUCUUCCAGUAUGAGCUUGCCAAAGAUAGUCACACACACACACACACACACACUUAGAGCUGUACUUUUAGUCCGCUCUUCAUCUUAGAGCUCGGACUAAAUGCAGUAUUUACAUAAUGCAGGCAGGGAUUUUAAUCAGAUACUGCGGUGUGGAUGCAGCCUGUUUUCCUGGUUCAUAAUGUCGUAGUCUGCCUUCUAUCAGGUGAACGUAGCCGAAUCAUUUCUUUUUGGGACGUUUUGUGCAUCAAGUUCAAUAUUCUGCAUGAGCAGAGUGCAGAAGGUUUGCUGAAAAACCCAAGUGUGACGUACUUGUGAUCAGCUGUCGUGCCUUGAGAGUAGACUCAACAAGUUGCUGCCUGGCUCUGCGCUCCAUCUGGAAUCCCUCCUCCCCUCACCUGCCACCAGUGGAACCAGUCCGGGUCGCCUGCCACCAGUGGAACCAGUCCGGGUCGCCUGCCACCAGUGGAACCAGUCUGGGUGAGUCAGCGUGCGAAAUGCUGAGGGGUUUCAGAGCCUUCUUUUCAAAUCAGGUGUCUCUGCUCUCAAAGUCGUUGGGAGGGGGAUUCGGUGAUCCUUUAAGUGUAUCUGGAGGAUUUUUUGACUUUUAGCUGCUUCCUGUUCUUUAAUAUGCAACCACUUGGAUCAUAGGAAAGAUGUCAUUACUGCAGAUCUGGAAAAGAAAUGAGAAGAGUUGUUUUGUUUGCACUGAAGCGUAACCUUUUACUCUUAAAGCUGAUUGUAGUCGAGUCUGAAAGCCGUUGCGUUGCUGGUUUUCUGGGAACAUCUCACUACCCAACCUUUUAUUUGAUCAAGUACGACACCGAGAACUUCAGAAAACUGUAAAAAAUAACAAAAAAACACAACUGGAUUAAUCCGGUGUUGAGAUGUUGCAGAAAACCGAAGCAGAGCGACGAUGGUCUUUUCAUGGUUCUUCCACACUGGCUGGCUGGAAACUGGUCACGACUGUUCCUCUGAGGAAGAUUUAUUUGGAUUAUUUAUUUUUUAAAAAGUGUACAGUAUUUAAAAAAAUAUUAAAAAAAUAAAGACACUCUUCUUUUUCUUGACACUAAAACGUGAUAUCCAGAGGUUUUCAUACAUCCAUCUACGAUUUGGACUACUGACAGUUGUAACAUCCCAAGAGUUUUUGUUGGGUCAACUACAGUAAAUGUUUCUUUUUUAAGGAUUGUCUGGUUGGUUGAUGUGCAAUAUGUUUUGUACGCAGGUAGUUCCUAAAUAAACUUGAUCUUCUAUGUAGAUCUGAACCCAAA